ACCCCCCACUCUCCCACAACAAAAACUUGUUUCAUUCUCAUUCUGAUUCAUUUCAUCUCUCUCUUUCUCUCAUUCUACCUGCGUAUAUGUAUUCGAACAAGGUUGAGCCAUAAAUCAGUGUUAUUCACUCUCAAACCCUAAUCCCAAAUCCCCAUACCUUUUCAUCUAAGAUUAUUGGCUAUAUGAUGUCCGGGACGUGGAGCAAGUUGAAGAAAACGCUGCUGUUCAAGAGCAACGCCGCGCCUGCCUCAUCCUCUCCCCUUCCCAAUCAAUCCGAUUCCUCAUUCCCCCCGCCGCGCUCCUCUCUCUCCUCUUCCUCCUCCUCCUCCUCCUUCUCUUCCCGCUUCUCCCGCAGCCUCAGCUCCAGCUCACGUCCCUCCAAGAAGACUUGUGCUAUUUGCCUGGGAAAUGUGAGAAGUGGGCAGGGUCAGGCCAUAUUCACUGCUGAGUGCUCGCACACUUUCCACUUCAGCUGCAUCACUAAUAGCGUCAAGCAUGGAAACUACCUUUGCCCCAUCUGCCGCUCUAAAUGGAAAGAGAUCCCUUUACAACUGCCCAGUGCUAAUGCCGAUCCCAAUCGUAAUGCUGCUGGUCGGGCCCGAGUCUCUCCUUAUCAGGCCCCAUUUGAAGAUUACCCAGCUAACUACUCUCGUCCUCAACAACAGCUACCUCCACACCGGCCUGAACCUGUUCGCUACGCUGAUGAUGAGCCCCUUCCUGUUAGCUCCAUGGACCCAAUGAUGUCUGCUCCAUGUGCUCCCUCAAAUAAUGUAUUUGUCAAGGCCAUCCCAGAAUUUCCUGCAGUUGCUGCUCCGGAGUCGGUUUCUGACUUUGCUGUUCUUGUUGGCGUGCGUGCACCACCACUCUUAGAUGAUGCUCGUCAAUAUGAGCGUGCGCCAAUUGACCUCGUGACCGUACUUGAUGUUAGUGGUAGCAUGGCUGGUUUAAAGCUAGUACUUCUUAAGCGUGCUGUUUGUUUUGUUAUUGAAAACCUGGGACCUGCCGACCGCUUGUCUAUUGUUUCUUUCUCAUCGAGUGCACACAGAAAACUCCCUUUGCUUAGGAUGACUGGUAGAGGUCGUGAAGAUGCUAAAGCGGCUGUUAAUUCACUUUUCUCAGAUGGUGGAACUGACAUUGUAGAGGGAUUAAAAAAAGGGGCACGCAUUCUUGAAGAAAGGCGUGAAAGAAAUCCAGUAGCAAGCAUCAUUCUACUAUCUGAUGGAAAACAUACAUUUGACUUUAUCCCUGCCCGUCGUAGUCACCAGAACCGGACUUCCUCAGAUCUCCCACGUAUUCUGGGGUUUACGAACAAUGAGAACAACCAGCGUUCUUUCCCAGUCCAUGCAUUUGGACUUGGUGUGGACCACGAUUCUUCUACCAUGCAUGCUAUAUCCGACGCAUCAGGAGGCACCUUUUCUUUUAUUGAAUCAGUUGAUAUGGUGCAAGAUGCUUUUGCUAGGUGUAUUGGAGGCCUCCUCAGUGUGGUGGCUCAGGAGCUUCGUCUCACCAUGACAUCAGCAUCGCCUGGGGUGGAAAUUGAUUCCAUUCCAUCCGGGAGAUAUGCAAGUGAAAUUUCCGACCAAGGAUUCCAAGCUGUGAUAAAUGUUGGAGACUUGUAUGCUGAUGAGGAGAAAGAAUUCCUUGUCCACCUGUCAAUUCCUGAAUGUGCAAUUGCUGAGAGCGUAGGGACAGUGGGAAGAACAUCACUUCUGAAGAUUUCAUGUUCUUAUAGGGAUACUGCAUCAAAAGCUAUGGUACAGUUGGAAGGUGAGCGGGUCGAGAUCCGCCGUCCUAAAGUUGUGUCACGAACAGAUGGGGUAGUCAGCCUUGAGGUUGAUCGUCAAAGGAAUCGUCUUUGGGUGGCUGAAGGUAUUGCCAAGGCACAAGAGAUGGCUGAAUUGGGGAAUCUGGAGGGUGCACAAGCUUUGCUGGCACAAAGGAGAACAACUCUCCUUACUUCUGCAUCAGCCCAAGCUGGUGAUGGUCUCUGCAGUUGGCUUGAAGCCGAGCUGAUGGAAAUUAGAGAGAGAAUGGAAAACAUGGCGAUGUACGAGCAUACAGGGCGAGCCUAUGUGCUAUCAGGGUUGAGCUCACAUUCUUGGCAGAGGGCAACAACUAGGGGCUACUCUGGUAAUGUGACAACCAUCAGGAGGGAGGGUGGAAGCUCAAGCUAUAGUGGGCCUGUUGCCUAUGAUACUCCAUCAAUGGUCAGCAUGGUUUCAAAAUCACAAAGUCUGAGUGCCAAAUUUACGAGAGAGCAAGUUAGCCGACAAAACAAGAGCACCCCCUUGUCCAACGCAUGAGGAAGACUAUUCAGGUUUAGUUUUCAUUUUUCAGGCAGUUCUCACACAACGGGACAAGGUUAGCCUGCUUGCGUGAGAUUGGAAAUUUAUCCAGUAUUUAGGAUCUGAGUUUAGUGUUCUCUGCUUUUGCUGUUUACUUGCUUUUGUCGGUUUGAUUCUUUGAGGUUAGAGCUUAUUAAUCAUCUCUUCGACGCCAAUAAUAGAUUGCCAAUUGCGUAUU